ACUCAAUUGGAGAUUUCGCAUUUCUUCAUUCCACAAACUUAACGACACACGACCAUCCAUUGUUGCAGGCUCUCAUUCCCAACCUGUCAAGAUGGGUGCCCUCAAAUACGUCGAAGAGCUUCAGAAGAAGAAGCAGUCUGAUGUCCUGCGAUUCCUCCUCCGAGUCCGCUGCUGGGAACUUCGUCAAUUGAACGUCAUCCACCGUGCCUCGCGCCCUUCGCGCCCCGACAAGGCCCGUCGCCUCGGAUACAAGGCCAAGCAAGGCUAUGUUAUCUACCGAGUGCGUGUCCGCCGUGGUGGCCGCAAGCGCCCUGUGCCCAAGGGUGCCACCUAUGGCAAGCCCACCAACCAGGGUGUCAACCAGCUGAAGUACCAGCGAUCCCUCAAGGCCACCGCCGAAGAGCGUGUCGGCCGCCGCUGCGCCAACUUGCGCGUCCUCAACUCCUACUGGAUCAACCAGGACUCGACCUACAAGUACUACGAGGUCAUCCUCGUCGACCCCCAGCACAAGGCCAUCCGCCAAGAUCCCCGCAUCAACUGGAUCGUCAACCCCGUCCACAAGCACCGCGAGGCUCGUGGCCUCACCGCCACCGGCAAGAAGUCCCGUGGUCUCAACAAGGGUCACCGCUACAACAAGACCCGCGCCGGUCGCCGAAAGACCUGGAAGAGACACAACACCCUGUCUCUGUGGCGCUACCGAUAAGCGUAUGCUGCUAAAGGAGGAGGUAGCAGCAGCAGCAGCUAGGGUGUGGGUGGUGAUGGCGGCUUGGUCGCGAUUACGGCAUGCAAUGACACUUUUCUUCACGGUCGAUAGGGCAUGCGUAUGGCUCAUGAAUUCUGCCUGGAGUUGCUAAAUAGUCGAGCAAGGAAUAAAAUUCUUUCAUGGGACUAAAAUUGAUUUCUUAUUAAAGUGCAUUCCUCGAUUUCUAGUUACUAUAUCUUGGUGAUGUUCCAUGUCUAUAGAUGUGACUCGAAGCGUAGAGAUCUAU